UUCUAACAAUUUUUAAAAUAAUUCAGUUUUCUAACAAUUUUCAAACAUUUCAAUUCUCAACUCCACAACUCACGCCGAUUCUCAAUCAACACCCUCAGUACGCCGAUUCUCAAUCAACACCCUCAGUCAACUCCACUACUCACGCCGAUUCUCAAUCAACACCCUCAAUCAACACCCUCAAAACACACCCCCGAUUCGCCGGCCACCGCUCAACUCACGCCGCUCAACUCACACCGCUCAACUCCGCUUUUGUAACUUUUUCAAGGGAAUGGAGCACAACUAUAAAUUCGUCGGCAAGCUCACUACCCUUAGUGAUACAGAAAAUAUAUUACGUGAAACUUCUCAGCCGUUUCUCGAGGAUUGCUUGUCAAAAGGAGGUUUGUACAACCUACUAACCCUACCCAAAUCCACGAUUCCAACACCACUUUUGUCAAAGCUGGUGAAAUAUUACAAUCCCAUUUCCAACACGUUCAACAUUCGAGGGAAUGUUCUAGGAAUAACACUUGAAGAUGUAUUAUUCCUAGCUAGGAUCAAGAUUGAUGGGACUCCCGUCCUUCUCAAAGAUUACAGCGACAAGCAUUGCCAUGAUAUUUUUGGUGAGGCUGUCAAUGAUUUUGACCACCUUCAGGAGAUUAUCGGCGACACAAGUUUGGAUGAAGACAAGCGCAAGGCAGCACUAUUGAUGUUAAUAGUGCAAUGCGCUAUAAUGCCGUCUCACCAUGGGAAUCACUUUUAUCCCGCAUUUUUCGAGGUCCUCAGCGAUCCAGAUGGGACAUGUGGGACUUAUGCAUGGGGGGCCGGCAUGCUUGCCUUCCUCCAACAUCAUUUGGAGAAGUUAUUUGUGGAGAAUACUUCCGAGAAAACAGAUAUAUUGUGGUUGGCUAAUACUGUGUUUCUUCUUCGUACGAAUCCCGAAGUUGUGGGAUUCUAUAGGCCUCACAUCUGUGAGGGAAGAGAUGGAGGCGGGGCAAUUAGCUCAACACCCAUUCCCAAUGAGGUGGAUACUGGAGAAGCUGGCAGUCUCCACCCUUGGAAAAGAUCAACGGGGGGGUUACCUCAAGAAGAUGGACCCUGUUUUCAAAAAUCUUGAAGAUCAGGAAGUUAUGGACUUUAUCAAAGAAGAAAGUAUGAUUAGCUGCUCAAAAUUAUCUGUGUCUUCUCCUUUUGCUGUGCCACGAAAAGCAUGUACUAAGCCUUUUCACUGCAAAAGACGCCUGGAUUUUGAUGACACAUCUUUUCUCGGAAAAAGAAGCCGAGUUGGUGAUGAAAUGGGGUUUUCUGAAAGUACACAGCAGGAUUCAAAUCUUAAUGCAAGAAUUACUGUCCCUAUUGAUGACUUGGGGAAACAAAAGGAAGAAAUCCCUGAACCACCUCUUGAGAUUGGGUACUUAAAGAAUAAGGAGCAAGAUGAACCAGAGAUACUCCAUAAAUGUUUAACGUUGUUGCAGCCAAAUGUUGGCUCAGCUAGUGAGUAUGUCUCAAGUGAUGACGGAGAAGAAAUAAUGGUGUCUGAGAAAGAAAACAGGAAAGACGCUUUUGUGGUGGGACCACCAACCCCCUCUCCAACAAGGAGAAAGCGUGCGAAGCCUACCAUGAAAAUUCAGAAAAAUAAAAUGGAAGAAGUCUCAGAAUUGUUUGCUCAUUCGCAUUAUUUAACUCGUUCAAUUAUGGAGCAAGUGUUGAUAGCUAUUGAAAAAGAUAAAGAUAAAAUGGUAAGUCGUACACGAAUAGGCCGUGUGCUGAAGUUGCAUAACAAAAGAGUCUCCCCAAACUCGAAAAACCAGCUAUCAUUGAAAAAAACAAAGGAUGCAAAUAAAGUAUGGCAAGCUUUGAUGAAGAAAGCUAUCGCUGAGAGUUGUGACACAGUCUUUGAAAAAGACGGGACCGUCUCAGUGGAAGAUAAUUCAUUAAUCUUCCACAGAAAGGUGAAAUCAUUCAUAUCCAAAGUGGGUACCAUUCAGGGUAAAAGAGAUUAUUCUCCAUGGAAAGGCUCAGUGUUGGACUCAGUUAUUGGUGCUUUAUUGACUCAAAGGGUGGGCGACAACUUUUCAAGUUCUGCUUUUAUGGAACUUGGCGUGAUCUUUUCCCAGGACCGUGAUUGCGUUGCUUAUGGCCGGCAUCAUCAAAUGUUGAGAGAUCAAAGAAUUAAAGGUGGUCGUGUUUGCCAUAAUAAUCAGGAUAAAAAGGGAACAGAAUGAAAUUGAGUGCUGACAAUAAGGAAAGUUUGGAUGAGAAGAAAGUGAAAAACUCGAUAAAAGGAAAAGUUUCAGGGAAGAGGAUGCAAUAUGGCAGUGUGGAUAUAGAACGAACCAUUA